AUGCAUAUCAAAUUGUCUUCGAAUGAAAUAGUCAGUGCUUUCUUGAGACACUGUAGUACUAGUGAGGUUCGUCGGACUGUAUGGGAAUAUUGGGUUCGACUUGCAAGUGGUCAAUAUUUCGGUCCAUCAACGGGUUUACAUGCAUCUAAUGAUAACCGUAUACAACUUAUUCGUUAUUUACGAAGAUCUCUGGCAAAACACCUUGGUUGUAACGAUUGGUUGUCUGUUAUCUGGCGUUCUCCUAAUAUGUGUUCUCCAACAUCUCCUGAUAGACUUAUUUCUGAUGUUCUUGAACCUUUUAGAACUUUAUUGAAACCUGCUGGGGAACAAGAUUUUAAAGUAUUGAGAGAAUGGGCAAAUACAAAUUUAGACCUAUCUGGCAAAACUCUAGAAGCUUGGGAUGUUGAUUAUGCAUUGGAGCAAUAUAAUUAUGCAGCUGACUAUGCAGAAUUGGAAACGGUGAUCACACCGCCGGAUGGUUCUUUACUUAACUAUCUUCAUACUAUAUUUUCUGAAUUAGCGAAUGUGUUUCAUUUGAAGCUGACUUCUCAGAUACCAAGAUCUUCAGUAAAUGGUGUGUCCUAUGUUGUUGAGAAAUUGGUAUAUCAUGUAGAGGAUUUGUCACAAGGUACAUUACUCGGUGAAAUAAUCAUUGAUCCUUUUGCUAGAAGUGGUCGUUUAAUUCCAGUUGGCGGCAUUCACUUACUCACAGUGGCAACACGCAACAAUUUAUCAGCAAAUGAUAUUCGUAUACUCUCUGGAUCAACGCAGCAUCCAAUUGUUUAUCUGUUAGGUAGCUUAAAUCCUUCGACUGAAACACUUGGUGUUUCGUUCGGUACUAUACUCUCAUUCAUGUCUGUCUUUGGAUCAUGUCUUCAACUUGUUGCUUGUCGUGUUCCACAUCAUGAGUUAUACAGUUUCCCGCACUAUAUUGCACUAGAUAGUCGUUAUCUUAUGUCGGAUCUGUGCCAUAGUAUUGGCUCUAGUGGUGCAAUACCUUCUAUUCGCAAGCAUAUGCCGAAUAAACAAAAGGCUCACUUUCGACCAUCUCCUGUAGGCUUAAGAACGCCACCGAAACGUAUUAUGUCAUUGCUUAUUCUUCAAGAAUUAUAUACAUCUAGAUUUGACUUAGCUGUUUGGUCUAAAAAACACUCAGACACGAAAUGGUCAACUCUGCAAAAAGAAUUAUGGAAAAUGCAUAUGCCAUAUCCUCUUCAGCCAGAUGAUCAGUGGCCAUGCUCUUGUGUCCUUCUCUUUGGGCCAAAUUCACAAGCUGGUUUAUUCUACCAUCAAAUUUGGCGUAGAAUUCUCUUACAAGAUGUUUUGUGUGCAUUACGUGAUGCUAAUUGGUUGUCUGAAGGUCCAGAGUCGGCAAAGGCCUCGGAGGUAUUCAAACGUUUCCGUGAUACAUACUUGACUUAUGGUAGUGCAAUCCCACCAGCUGAAUUAUUUCGUCGUUUUCGUGGAAGAGAUCCUGAUCCUAAGUUGUUGUUAAAUGACAUGGAACGCUCAAUGAGACCUGUAGAAUCGUCUACAGUAGCAGAAUGUGUUGAUGCUCUACCGGUUCAUUGA